AUGGCUACCGCAACGCCAAACCAGAAGAAAAUCCUCAACGAUCAGAGGGACUGGGAUUUCUGGUACGAGGACUUCGUUAGUAUCGUACCUCCCUCUCUCUGGAGGUGUCUCGACCCCGAAAACCCGAAUCCUUUGCCUCUUCAGGUGCAUCCAGUGGCACCAACCUUUGAUAGCGUGCAGGCAGGGAUCGAUUCGUACGCCGACUUGAUCGCCAAUAACCAACGGGUCUACCUGCAAUUCUCAAGCAUCUACGAACGAGAGAAGAAGGAAUACAAGGAGCAGGAAGAGAUGAUUAGGGACUUGAGAGAUCACAUCAGGAAGACCGUAUCAGAGACCAAAAAGAUCCCCCUGCGGGCUACUCAACCCCUAUGA